AUGUUGUCGGAAAAUGUUAGCGCGUCCAGCACACGGCCAACAUCCGUUGUCUCCACGAGAACCUCCAGGAGUCCAAAAGAGACCAUGAUGGCUGUUGAAUGGCACGGGAGUACGGACAUUAAGGUUACUCAUAAACGGAAAAGGCCUUCGAUCAUUAAACAAACUGAUGCCAUAAUUCGCGUAACCGCAACGACUAUCUGUGGUUCGGAUCUUCACCUCUACCAUAAAGAGUUUCCGGGGAUGCAAAAAGGUGAUGUGAUAGGUCAUGAGGCAAUUGGCAUCGUUCACGAGGUGGGCUGUCAGGCCGAAUACGUUCGCGUCCCUUUCGCUGAUGUGAACCUUCUCCGGCUUUCAUCCGAGGAUUACAAGCUUUUGGGUAGGAAAUCUUUGUUGCUCUCAGAUGUCGCUUGCACUGGUUGGCAUGCAAAUGAAUUGGGAGGUAUAAAGCAAGGCGACGUGGUUGGAAUUUGGGGUGCAGGUCCUGUAGGUUUGAUGACCGCGGCCCUUGCGUUAUAUCGUCGUGCUUCACGAGUUUAUGUGAUUGAUUGCAUUCAAGCUCGAUUAGCUUUCGCCCGUGAUAUUGGCGCCGAAGUUAUUAACUUCAAGGAGAAGGAUGUGAUUGGAAGUGUGAAGAAAGUGGCGCCCGGCGGGUUUGAUGUCACGGUUGAUGCCGUUGGGUUCCGUUACACGAACAAAUCGUGGAGGCAUAAAUUGGAGAAGGCGCUCUUUGCCGAAACCGAUUGCAUCGAUGCGCUCGACGAAGCUAUCAAAUGCACUAAGAAGGGUGAGAAAAAUCGAUAUUCGUGUUAUCAUUCAACUAUACUAUCGGAAUUAACCAGCCUCGAUUUUUCCAAAGGCGGCGUCGUCAGCAUUGUUGGUGAUUACGUAAAUCUAGCGAAUCAUUUUCCAAUCGGCGCUUCCAUGGAAAAGCAUUUGACUCUCAGAGGCGGACAAGUACAUCCACAAAAGUACUGGUCAGAAUUGCUGCCAAUUAUUAAGGCUGGUGAGAUAUUUGAUAAAUUUUUCACCCAUAACAUGGACCUCUCCGAUGCUUCUAGAGCAUACAAGAAAUUUGAUCGCAAAGAGGAUGGUGUUAUCAAAGUGUUUUUGGUAGUUGACAAGAAAGAGUUCGUGGGCGGCCAUGUUCGUGACGAAAGUAUAGAGGAAAUUGCUUCGACUUCCACCUUUACCGCGGUCGUCGCUGGGGUAAAGCAUAUCGAUAUUGCGGAAAGUGAAACCGGUGAAGUUACCCAAAAGCCCGUGCCUAAUUCCUCAACUGUUGGCGGUGAGAGUGUGUCAAAAAAAAAAAUGAACGAAGAAGGUGAUUCAAAGGUGACGGAUGGUAAUGGUAAUGAGGAUGAAAAAAAUGAAGGUGCCACUGAUUUUAGUAGAGACACGAAAAUCGCGGGUUCUAAGACUAGUGUUUCGAAUGCGAAGGCUAGUGCUAGUCGAGGCGAAAAUAUAACCG